AUGCUCAUCUGGCUGCAGUACGGAGAAUUCGAGAUGACGGUGGAAGAGCAACCGUACGUGCUGCAGCUCUCCAAAUACGGGUCAGUACAGGAUCGCUCACGGGACUGGCGUACCGACGUUCGUGCGAAGAUUAAUCUCUUUUCCUGCAUGCAGAUAGCCAUGCUCGACAUUGACGGGUUCUGGCUUGAUAAAGGUUUCCACAUCACUACAGAUGCACUGGCCGAUUGUUCCGGUUUCCAGACACAUUGUUCACGCAAAUACGACAAAGAGAACUUCCUUGUCUUGGGAGAACUUAUUGAAAGUAAGUUUGUGAUGGCUGUCUACGUCGGCCGUGGGAAGAAGCAACCCGACAACUAUUGGCAGAACAGCACCGAGGCCUUUUCCGCUUCGAACGCCGGCGACCCGGAAUACUUUAUCCGCGGCAACGGAUACAGCUCGCUUGGCGGGUCCAACUUCGCAUACGACACCUAG